AUGUGUGGGGAAGGGAGAGAUAUUUAUAAACCGACUAAUGUAAAAAUUUCCAGAUACAGACCACUUCGACGAGGCACUUACAUUGGAAGAGCGUUAAGAAAUGCUAGAAGGAGUCUGUUCCGUCGCCGGGUAUUGCGUGGACGAAAACGCACCUUGCUCAUCAUAACGGACGGCAAGUCAUCCGAUGGUGUUUCAGGAGCGGCAUCAAGCCUGAAAAAAGACGGUGUUGAGCUGUUUGCUUUGGGUAUCGGCUCUCGUUACAGCAGGAGUCAGCUGAUCAGGAUUGCAUCAAGCCCUCUCAAUGUAUUCACCGCUGGUUUUAGUCGGCUUGGUACAGUUGUUCGCGCUGUUAAAGAGAAAGUAUGCCGACCUACACCUACACCUACUGUUCCAACACCAACAAGACCACCACGUGCUGUUGCAUUGUACCCACUCAACAGCAGGACACAGGGACGUGACAUUGGUCCAAGAAAGAACAAACCCGGUCGUCCUAGCCAGGUGAGUCUGGCUCCUGGACCUGACCGAUUUCCCCGAGGUUCCUUCUACUUCACUGGUCGACGCGGUAGUUACGUCUAUUUCCCCAACAACGGCGGCAUCGACACCAGGAACUCCAUCACCCUGCUGGCCUGGGUCUACCCUCUAGGAGGCGGGCCUAUAUUCCACUAUAAGCCGCAAGGCUCCGGCGUAGGCCUGUGGGUUAUCAGACGGAACAUCUUGUACGUGAAGUUUGUCCGGCGCUCCGGCCGUGGCUCCUUCGUUCUAAGAGCUCGAGGUAUUCGUCCAAGGCGGUGGAACUACGUCGCUGCAAGCUACGACUGUAAAACUGGGUUGGCUACCCUCUGGCGUGAGUCUACCCCCAUUGCACAGAGGAACAUCGGAAGAGGGCUGAGGCUUGCCACCAACUAUCCUGCUAUCAUGGGAAGCAGACCUGGUUCGACGACCCGUUUCCGUGGCCGAGUCGCUUGUAUGCAGGUGUUUGAUGUGGCUCUCAAUGGACCGCAGAUGCAGAAACGCAGGAAUGUCUGUUUCAGACGUAAGCACUAAUGACUAGUAAUUACAUAGACAGGUGUUAUAAUGUAAAGAAACUCAAGCUUCUUAAAUGUUCUCCAAUGUGUUAAGUGUAUCAUAGCUCUAUAGUAACCAAGAUCGGAAAUGAGGAAGGAAAGACCUUUAUUUGCGACGAUGAAAUUGAUUUGGUCAUCACAGUGAUUUUUCUUUUUAUGCGUGUUGCAGAUAACAGACUACUGCGCCGUUUUCAUUGCCUUUGUCUACGUCAGAUCUUCACUUAUCGUUUCGAAAUUUUAACAGGGAAUUGGCUUUUUAAGACCGAAUGAAAAAAGAUCUGGCUAUAGUUGUGUAAUUUGCCCACGUCAUUUUAUUGAACACGGCCUUGUUUCCACUCAGUGGUGGAUGCGCACAGGAGCUAUCGAUGUAGAUCGCGCGGAUUCACUGGCUAUAUAAUAAUCAUUUUUGGUUGAAAUUGACUGUGAGGUUGAGAGUAUUUAAGUCGAGGUUUGAGUUAUCUUUCUGAAGU